CAAAACAAAUCAUUAACAAUACACACAUAUAGUGGACCUACGUUUAUGACUUUGUGUGUAUAUAUACAACGUACGAAACUAGUACCUCUAUACAUUUCAUCUCGCACUAACCUCCUAAGAAAACGUCCAUCUCUCUCCCUCUAUAUCUCUCUUCUCUCUCAUAAAUCAUAACCAUGAUGAAGAAGAGCAAGCUGAUCACAAAGGCAUGGAAGCAAAUGUCUAGCAGAGUAGCCAAACGUCGUGCUUCGACCGAGAACCUUCAUAUACCACAUGACGUACCAAAGGGACACCUAGUGGUGUACGUAGGCAAAGAAGAGGAGAGUUACAAGAGGUUCGUGAUCAAAAUCACGUUGCUUCACGAUCCCACCAUCAGGGCUUUGCUUGAUCAAUCGAAAGACCAAGCUUACGAUGACUUCACUUCAGGAGACUCUAAGCUCUGUAUCCUUUGCGACGAAACUGUCUUCCUCGAGGUCCUCCGUUGCGUUUCUCCCCGCUAGUCUUGAGUCUUGAUCUUGAUGAGUCUCUAAUUCGAGUAAAGAUUUAGUUUUUCGGCUAAUGUAACACGGGUCCUCUUGAGAUCUAUGUAGAGCUAAUGAAGAGAUUUGUAAUACGAACCAUUUUUAGCUGAUAUAAGCCCUUAUUGAUUGCGUUGCAUCAACAUAUCAUAUACUUCAUAUUACGGAGCAAGAUAUAAUUUUUCUCAACCGAAUGAUAUUAAAGUAUCAAUGAUUAUGGUAAAUAAAAACAAAAGCCAAAAAAAAAAAAAAA